AUGGCGGAGUACGUGGUGGCCCGUAACAUCUACUCCGAGGAUAGAUUCAACGCAGAUUAUGAGAAAAUCUACAGACAGCGCAAAACCCUCCUCAACCAUGUCACGGAUUAUUUCAGGUGCAACAGUAGGCGUGCCCGCUCCGCCGCCCUCUCUCUCCUCCCGAUCAUUGGGUGGAUGAAGAUCUACAGAGUGAAGGAAUGGCUGCUCAGUGACAUCGUGUCUGGAGUCAGCACCGGCCUCGUCGCUGUACUACAAGGGCUGGCGUACUGUCUGCUGGCCUCUCUUCCUCCUUGGUACGGGCUUUUCUCCGCUUUCUUCCCCGUCGUCAUUUACUUCUUCCUGGGCACUUCUCGGCACAUCUCCGUCGGUCCAUUCCCGGUGUUAUGUCUGAUGAUUGGCUCUGUGGUGACCAGGAUAGUCCCAGACGAUGCUCCUCCCAUGAACAUCACCGGGUUUGAGGGUCUGACCCAGGACCAGCAGAGGGUGCUGGUGGCCUCCUCCAUCAGUUUCCUUGCAGGGAUCAUGCAGUUGGCGAUGGGAAUCUUCCAGGUGGGCUUCGUGGUCAUGUACCUGUCUGAUACUCUGGUCUCUGGCUUCACCACGGCGGCGGCUGUUCACAUCCUGGUCUCUCAGCUGAAGUUCGUGCUCGGGUUGACGGUCCCGGGCAUCAGUGGACCUCUGGCGCUCAUCAAAACUCUGGAGGUCAUCUUCAACAAAAUCGGCUCCACAAACGUGUGUGAUGUGGUCAUCUCUCUGGUCAUCAUGGUCGUGGUGUUUAUCGUGAAAGAGCUGAACGACCGCUUCAAAUCCAAACUGCCCGUGCCCAUCCCCAUAGAAGUGAUCAUGACGGUGAUCGCUUGUGGAGUUUCCUAUGCGUUUGACUUCAAGACCAAAUACGGCAUCGGGGUUGUGGGUGUGAUUCCCAAAGGGUAUGAGGCUCCGGUCGCUCCAAACCUGGAGAUCUUCCAGGAGACGGCGGUGGACGCGUUUCCCAUGGCGAUCGUGGGAUUCGCCGUGGCCUUUUCUGUGGCCAAAGUUUACUCAGUCAAACACGACUACAUCAUAGACGGAAACCAGGAGCUGAUCGCCUUCGGAGUCAGUAAUAUCUUCGGAGCUUCGUUCAAAUCUUUUGCGGCGAGUACGGCUCUGUCCAGGAGCGCCGUCCAGGAGAGCACCGGCGGGAAGACGCAGGUCGCAGGUUUACUGUCCGCCAUUAUCGUGAUGGUGGUCACUGUGGCCAUAGGGUUUCUACUGGAGCCUCUGCCAAAGUCUGUGUUGGGGGCCGUGGUGAUCGUGAAUCUUAAAGGGAUGCUGAUGCAGGUCAGAGAGGUGCCGUAUCUGUGGAGACGAGACAAACCAGACUGUGUGGUGUGGGUCGGGACCUGUGUGGCGUCCAUCUUGCUCGGUCUGGAUCUGGGUUUAGGGGUUGGUCUGGGUAUAGAACUCAUCAGUGUGGUUCUCCGAACGCAGUUCCCUCGCUGCUCUGUGCUCGCCAACAUUAAAGGCACCGACAUCUACAAAGACAAGAAGGACUACCUCGAUACUUUUGAGCCUGAGGGAAUGAAGAUCUUCAGGAUUCCAGCACCAUUAUUCUUCGCCAACAUCGACUUCUUCAGAAACAAACUGGUGGAAGCUCUCGGGUUUAACCCUCUGCGAGUUCUGAGGAAGAGGAACAAAGCUCUGAGGGUGAUCAGGAGGAUGCUGAAGAAAGGAGAGCUGACGUGUACACCUAAGGGUUACCUGAACAUGUGUCCUGAGCCGUACAAAGAGGUGGACGGCGAGGACAGUGUGGAGGAGCUGGACCUGCCCACAGACCUGAAGGACCUGCCCAUUCAGGUGGACUGGAGAGGGGAGCUGCCCGUCAACGUGAACGUGCCCCCGGUGGAUCUGCACAGCCUGGUCCUGGACUUCGCCGCUGUGUCCUUCCUCGACGUCUCCGCUCUGAAGGGACUCAAAACGGCGCUUAAAGAAUUGAUCCGGAUUGAAGUGGAGGUUUACAUUGUGGCUUGUGAUCCCUACAUCUUAGAAAAACUGCACAGCUGCGGAUUCUUCGACGAUGAGGUCACGCCCUCCAUCUUCUUCCUCACGCUUCACGAUGCCAUGUUGAACAUCCUGGAGCGCCACCCGGAGUCCAACCAGUGCAAGACAAACCUCAGCAAGAUCAUGACCACGGCGACUGUGCACCAUCCCAACAGCAGCAUCCGGAGCCGAGACAGAAAUGGAAUGGAGCCUGAAACUCGCUUCUGA